CGUGCACGCGCCCCACUCGCUGCGGGUGCGCGAGCAGCGCGCUCCCGCCGCCCGCGUCGCCAUCUUUUCCCCCUCCGUCUGUCUGUCUGCCGGUGGCUUUGUCCGUCUGCAGCGCCGCCCCUCGGCUCCCAGCCUCCGGCUCGGCCCGGAGCCGCCCUCCGCCUGCCAGGGCCCAGUCCCAGAGAGCCCCGGCCUAGCCGGCCCGAGCUGCGGCCCGGGGCCCAUUGUCCGGCGGUCCGUCUGUCCGGAGGCGGGGCCCAGGCACCCGGAGCGCCGCGGAGCGCCGAGGCGUCGGAUACAAAUCACUAGGAUUCAGGCGAGUUUACUUUGCUCCGUGGGAACUGCACCAGAGCUGGAGGUCUGAAAAAGAACUGUGUUUGAUAUGCAGAUAUGAUAGAAGACUGCCUGAAAGCUGCUUCCUUUGCCACUUCCUGUGGAGGCCUGUCUUUGCCAUUUGCGGUUUCUUUCUUCUCUUGGUCAGCACCCUGCAAGAAGGUAGUAACAUAUCCAGUCGUGAAACUGGGAAAGACCAGAGCUCUUGGACCAGGGAAACAUGUCCCGUCGGAAACAGACAAAUCCAAAUAAAGUUCACUGGGAUCAAGUAUUUGCUGGGCUAGAAGAGCAAGCCCGCCAGGCGAUGAUGAAAACUGAUUUUCCUGGAGACCUUGGCAGUCAGCGACAAGCUAUCCAACACCUAAGAGAUCAGGACUCCAGUAGCAGUGACAGUGAGGGUGACGAAGAGGAAACCACACAAGAUGAAGUCUCUUCCCACACAUCAGAGGAAGAUGGAGGGGUGGUCAAAGUGGAAAAAGAGUUAGAAAAUGCAGAACAGCCUGUUGGUGGGAACGAAGUGGUGGAGCAUGAGGUCACGGAGAAUUUGAAUUCUGACCCCUUACUUGGACUCUGCCAGUGUCCCCUUUGCCAGCUAGACUGUGGGAGUCGGGAGCAGCUCAUUGCCCACGUGUACCAGCACACUGCAGCGGUGGUGAGCGCCAAGAGCUACAUGUGUCCUGUCUGUGGCCGGGCCCUUAGCUCCCCAGGGUCAUUGGGUCGCCACCUCCUAAUCCACUCGGAGGACCAGCGGUCUAACUGUGCUGUGUGUGGAGCCCGUUUCACCAGCCAUGCCACAUUUAACAGUGAGAAACUUCCUGAAGUACUUAAUGUGGAAUCCCUGCCCCCAGCCCACAGUGAAGGCCCCUCCAGCGCUGAGGGAAAGGACAUUGCUUUUAGUCCUCCAGUGUACCCUGCUGGAAUUCUGCUUGUGUGCAACAACUGUGCUGCCUACCGUAAGCUUCUGGAAUCCCAGACACCCAGUGUACGCAAGUGGGCUCUCCGUCGACAGAACGAGCCUUUGGAAGUACGGCUGCAGCGGCUGGAACGAGAGCGCACGGCCAAGAAGAGCCGGCGGGACAAUGAGACCCCCGAGGAGCGGGAGGUAAGGCGCAUGAGGGACCGCGAGGCCAAGCGCCUGCAGCGCAUGCAGGAGACAGACGAGCAGCGGGCACGCCGGCUGCAGCGAGAUCGGGAGGCCAUGAGGCUGAAGCGGGCCAAUGAAACCCCAGAGAAGCGGCAGGCCCGACUUAUCCGGGAGCGGGAGGCCAAGCGGCUCAAGAGGAGGCUAGAGAAAAUGGACAUGAUGUUGCGAGCUCAGUUUGGCCAGGACCCUUCUGCCAUGGCAGCCUUAGCAGCCGAAAUGAACUUCUUCCAGCUACCUGUGAGUGGGGUGGAAUUGGACAGCCAGCUCCUGGGCAAGAUGGCCUUUGAAGAGCAGAACAGCAGCUCUCUGCACUGAACCACACCCUCCUGCCUGCCCACCCGCUCAUCCACCCACCCAGGCCCGCAGGGAUCAGGGCUCUGUCCUUGCUGCCAGAGGCAGGCCCAGGUUUGUUGCAGGUGGACCUGUGCACCCCUUGCAUGUGGGAGCAGGAUGAUGGGGUCAGAAAGGACCCAGCUCAAUGCAGCUCUGGACAAAGGAGCAGGCACUCCAGAGAACUGGACUCCCCAGCCCACUGCUGUAGGGUAUGCCUGUAGGACUGUGGGGCCCCAGUAUGGCCCAUGGAGUUGUAAGAGCAAAUAAAUUAAUUUUAUCUUUA